GUCCUCGCCUGGACCAGCCCCUCCUGGAAGUUUGUGGCCCACUUCUCCCGGCUCUAGUCCCUCCUCGCCCGGGGCCCGCGGCCGCCCCAGGGGCCUGGGAGGCAGCCCUCCAUACCUCUGACAGCAUCAGCCUCUGCCGGAAUUAGCCUCGUAGCUCAAGCCUCGGAACUCAGCCCCAGCCCUAGAGGAGCCUCGAGCCGCCCGGGCUCCAGCCCUGGACCCAGCAUGGCCAAGGACUUUCAAGACAUCCAGCAGCUGGACUCCGAGGGAAACGACCACCAGCCGGGCCGAGGGCAGGGGCCGGGCCUCCAUGGACACAGCCCCAGGAGAGAACACCCGUUCUGGGCAGGGACCCCUCCUCGCCAGCGCCUGGUGCUGCAGGGUCUGUGUUCCAGGCUCCGCCUCAGUCUGCUCGUCUUGGGCCUCAACGUCCUGCUGCUGGUGGCCGUCUGCGUGAUUGGGUCCCAAAGCGCCCGGCUGCAGGCGGAGCUGCGGAUCCUGAAGGAGAACUUCAGCCACUUCUCCUCCGGCGUCUUCGCCGAGCUCGGCGCUCUGGGCGCGCACGGGGGCAGUGCCAGUGACCUGCUCACCUCCCUGGAGGCCAAGCUGGAGAAACAGCAGAGGGACCUGAAGGCAGAUCACGCCACCUUGCUCCUUCAUCUGAAGCACUUCCCCGUGGAUCUGCGCAUCCUCACGUGUCAGAUGACCUACUUCCAGAGUAACGGCACAGAGUGCUGCCCCGUCAACUGGCUGGAGUUCCAGGGCAGCUGCUACUGGUUCUCGCGCUCUGGGAAGACCUGGCCGGAGGCGGAGAAGCACUGCCGGCUGGAGAACGCGCACCUGGUGGUCAUCACCUCCCGGGAGGAGCAGAAGUUCAUCUCGCAGCACACAAACCCCUUCGAUGCCUGGAUAGGCCUCACGGACAGCGAUGGUUCCUGGAAAUGGGUGGACGGCAGCGACUACCAGCAUGGCUACAAGAACUGGGCCGCCACUCAGCCAGAUGACUGGCAGGGCCACGAGGUGGGAGGAGGCGAAGACUGCGCGGAAGUCCGCUCCAAUGGCCGCUGGAACGACAAUUUCUGCCAGCAGGAGCUGCGGCCCCACUGGCUGGAGGCUCGUGGAAAGUACUCGCUAAGGGGAGAGAGGUCCGGAAGCCGCUGUGCCCUGUGUCCAGUGUGACUGCCUCCUCUCUGGACCCUAGACAUUUGCCCAGCACGGGGUGUCACCGGCCACUCCAUGGUGGCUGAGCCCCACCCUUCCCAGAUCAUUCUGAAGGCGAUAAUAAGAGGGCCUUUAAACAACUAGAUCUGUUGUUUUAUUUUUACUAUGAUAAUAUAUACUACUAGUACAAAGUGUCUCUCUCUCUCUCACCGCACACGCGCACACACAGGGAUGCCCCUCACUCCCCCUACCCCCUACCUCUCCCAGAGUGAACUACUUCAUGCCCAGAGGAUUAGUCAGGGCUCUCCACAGGGCCCGUCGGAUGUGCACGUGUGUGUAUGCAGCACUUAUUAAAAAGAUUGUUAUAAGGCA